AUGGCCAAAAGUCAACGUGAUCUUGAGAGUUGGGAAUUCAAUCUAGAGUCGGAGAGCAGCAGCGUAGAUUCACCUAGAAGGUUGUCUAGAAGAAGACAAGAUACCAGUGCUGGACAAUUAACUUUAAAAAGAAUAAGUGAUGGGCUUAUUAUAAAGAAGGGAACUAUUAUAGAAGUAAAACAGCAGGCUUCUGAAGAAUCCGAAAUUGCCAUAGUCAAAGAUGUAUCGUUUGGAAAUGUGAAUUUCAUAGAUUUAGUUGUGAUUUGGUUUUUGAAAAAUUCAGACACCCAAUCAACUGAUGAUGAUAGAAAUCAAUUUGGAGAGUCAGAAAUAUAUGCUACUGAAUAUAGGGAUGAGAUUAAGGUUAAUGAGAUCGUAAAAGAGGUGAAAAUUGUCUCUAAAGAGGACUUUUCUCAAGGUAUGGAAAAUGUUUAUGUGUGUAGAAAAGGUAGUGAUAGUCAAGGUGAACAAUUCUCUAAAGAAUUUGACUUUGGAAAGUUGUUGGAUAUGUUCAUGAAUGAUCCAAAUGAUUACAUUGAUUUCAUCAGAGAGGAGACCGUACCAAGUGCAUACAAGAAGAAAAAAGAACAGGCUAGGGAGAAGAAACCUGUAAAGAAGAAACUUGACAAACCUAACAAGGUAGACAUCAAAGUGGAAGAUGAGGACUCUGAACGUCUUUUAUCUGAUGAGGAUUCAGAAUUAGAUGCCAAAAUAUCAAGCGCUUCAGAUAGUGACUCGGAUGAAAAUCUUGAACCAGACACAGAUGAUGAGUAUGCAAAUAAUAAAUCCAGAAAGAGAGGUAAGGUGGCAGGAAACAAGACUCCAACUAGAAAGAAGUCUAAGCCCCGGAAGUUGAAUAGGUCUGACGACGAAAUAGAAGAAGACGAUGUUAUGAAUCUUAAAGGGUCUCCUCGUCGCAGGGGGCGCAAAGCAAUGUCUCCAUCACCUUCUCAAGCAAAGUUACAACUUACUGAUAGGAAAGUCAUUAACUCCAUGCUCUCGCCCUUGAAGAAAAGGUUAAGGUUGAAGGGAGAUCUUGCAAAGCCAUCUCUAUCAUCCUCUCGUGUCAAAUUCCUGCCUCAGCAAAAGCUAACCGUCAAGCGUGGAACAGCGACCAAGCAAAUAGAUUUAAUUGACGGGCCACUUUCACUAGAUUCUUCCUCAGAGAUUUUUAAAGAGUUGAAAGCCAAAUUACACACAUCGAUGAGAUUGUCUUCGUUACCUUGUAGAGAAGAUGAAUUCACUUCUAUAUACUUGAAUUUGGAAACAGCGAUCCAAGAACAAACUGGGUGUUGCGUAUACGUAAGUGGGACACCAGGGGUGGGCAAAACUGCAACCAUCAGAGAAGUUAUCACUCAAUUAAAGGAAUUGAUUCCCACCAAUGAAAUUAGAGAUUUCGAUUACGUUGAAAUUAACGGGUUAAAACUAUUAACCCCUCAAGUUGCUUAUGAAAUUCUUUGGGAAAAGGUCAGUGGAUUGAAUGUGAGUUCAUCAAAUGCAGCCUUGUUGUUGGAAUCAUACUUCAAAGUUGAAGAAGAGGAUUACGAUAGAAAGCCACUAGUUGUGCUCAUGGACGAGCUAGAUCAAAUUGUAACAAAAAAGCAAAAUGUUAUGUAUAAUUUUUUCAAUUGGCCCACGUACAGAUACUCUAAAUUGAUCGUAAUAGCAGUUGCCAACACGAUGGAUUUGCCUGAAAGAGUCUUGUCUAACAAAAUAUCUUCAAGAUUGGGACUUAGGAGAAUUCAAUUCAUUGGAUACACGUACGAACAAUUGGGGAUUAUUAUCAAGCACAGGUUGGAUAUGAUAAGGAACACCAAGAAAGUCGGUGGGAGAAAAGUUGUAGUGAAUGAAGAUGCGGUAAACUUUGCCUCAAGAAAAGUAGCCAGUGUUAGUGGAGAUGCAAGAAGGGCGCUCACUAUCUGUAGAAGAGCAGUCGAGAUUGCUGAAAAUGAAUUUAAAACUAUCAUAAAAGAUCAAGCUGAAGACGAUAAUACGCCUUUUCAUGUUUCGAUUUCUCAUAUUUCGAAAGCCAUCAACGAGACAAUCAAUUCGCCCAUUUCCCAAUUUCUUUCUGCCCUCCCCUUUGCACAUAAAUUAGCAUUGGUAGGAGUGUUACUUAGGAUUAGAAGAUCAGGUCUAGCAGAGAACUCUUUGGGAGAUAUCCUUGACGAAAUGAAAAAUUCCCUUCUCUUGCUAACAUCGCAGAUUAUAAAUCAUGACGAGGUGAGCAUAGUGGAAUUACUAUACGGCGAAGGCAUCAUAACCCAAGCCAAUUCCAAUUCCAACACUGAUAUGAAUAUUAGAGUUUUAAAGUUUAAGCUGGUCAUAAAUGAUUUAGUAGAUAGCGGAGUAUUAUUACAGCAAAACAUAAAAGGUGAAAGACAUAGAUUGAUUCACUUAAAUGUGUCUGAGGAAGAGAUAAUUACAGUUUUGAAGAGAGACAAAGAGAUCAAUGGAAUGCUAUGA